AUGAUGCUUCGUGGUAACUUACUUGUGGCCAUUCUAGCCAUAGUGGUGGCAGUGCUAGUCUCGGAGGGAAUUGCUACAAGGUAUAAAGCUGUUAAAAAAGUUAGAGUUAGAGUCUUUAAGCCUUGUGUAAAACUUUGCAGAAAAGAAGGACUUGGAAAGAAAAAGUGUAAAUCCAUCUGUGCACUAAAACAGGGCUAUACCUGUGGUGGUCCCUGCUGGAAUAGUUGCAUUAGAACUGAAGAUGCGCCACCUACAUUUGUGCUUGAGUUUUGUAUGAAUAAAUGUGCAUCAGGCUCAAGUCCCCCUCCAUCCCCUCCUCCACCUCCAACAACACGAGUAUGUAGAUGGAGUGCCUGGAGCGUCACACAACAAGGCACUUGCUCAGUGACAUGCGGCACAGGAACACGAACAGAAACACAAACUAGGACUAAGUUGUACUCGGUUUCGAAUGCUGGGAAUCCAGAGUGUUUUGGAUCAACUAUUAACCAGCGUGUCGUAUCUUGUACAAAUCCACAGUUUCCAGUUUGUCCUCAACCGCCUCCGCAAAGACGAGUAUGUAGAUGGAGUGCCUGGAGCGUCACACAACAAGGCACUUGCUCAGUGACAUGCGGCACAGGAACUCGAACGGAAACACAAAUUAGGUCUAAGUUGUUCUCGUUUUCGAAUGCUGGGAAUCCAGAGUGUUUUGGGUCUACUAUUAACCAGCGUGUCGUAUCUUGUACAAAUCCACAGUUUCCAGUAUGUCCUCAACCGCCUCCGCAAAGACUAGUAUGUAACUGGAGUGUUUGGGGAACAUGGGUCUACGGAACAUGUGUCAGCAAUAGAUUACCUUGGGCUCCUUCCUGCCCAAUACCAGGAACAGUGGCUUGUCAUCGAACCCGCCAGUGCAUCUGCAGAGGCAAACGAACUCCUGGUGCAAUACCACAAAACUGUAUUGGAGCUUCAAUAGAGCGUAAAUCACGGUCGUGUUGUGUAGGUCUUCCCCCACCCCCUACUACCUUACCAACCACACCACCUCCUGCAUGUCGCUUGGGCGCUUGGACACCUUGGGUCUACGGGACUUGUGUAAGAAAUACAUUACCUCCUACUCUAACAUGCCUUGCACCUGGAACGACACCUUGCCAACGAACCCGUCAGUGUGUCUGCUUUGGCAAACGAACUAUUGGUGCCAUACCACAGAGCUGCAUUGGAGCUACAAUAGAGCGUAAAUCACAACCGUGUUGUAACGCAGCCCAGCCGACAACCCCGACUCCAACUCCAGCAUGUCGCUUGGGCGCUUGGACACCUUGGGUCUACGGAACGUGUGUAAGAAAUACAUUACCUCCUACUCUAACAUGCCUUGCACCUGGAACGACACCUUGCCAACGAACCCGUCAGUGUGUCUGCUUUGGCAAACGAACUAUUGGUACCAUACAACAGAGCUGCAUUGGAGCUACAAUAGAACGUAAAUCACAGCCGUGUUGUAACGCAGCCCAGCCGACAACCCCGACUCCAACUCCAGGUAGGGAAACAUUAUAA